AUGGCCGGCCUGGAUUUCGGGGUCACAGUCGCACUGCUGGGGGUUCUGCUGCUGGGCGUGGCGCGGCUGCCGCGCGGGGCCGGUGAGUGCAGGGCGUCGGGUGCGGGCGGGGAGGGUGCGCAGCGAUCCAACGGAUCGACGGUGCUCAGGAGACGGCCGGGGAGUGCGGAGGGCGCAGGGCCCGGGGAUGGCUGGCUGCGCUCUGGGGCCCUCCUGCCGGGCGCCGUGGUCUUGCGAGCUCGCGCUGGGCGCCGGCCGACGCACUUGGGAGUGUCCCCGAAGGAGAGCCGCGCCCGGGCCCCGGGCCGAGCCUGGGAGCCCUGUCCCGGUGGAGCGCGCCGCGCCCAGGGGAUGUCGCCGGGACUCCCAGGAGGCACCCAGCAGGACGUGCAGCUUCGUCUCCGGGCUUACUCCUUCGCCUGGACUAGGAGUGGAUGCCCGAACGCCGUGACAUCUGCGCUGCGCGGGCAGGCGGCUGGCCAGGCCGCUCUCCCUUCUCACCUAAGUUGGGCGGAGUUUGAAGGCAGAGCUUUUGAGAUUACUCUGCCCCCCAGGAGCGGCAUGGGAGUUUUCAUAAAGGCUGGAAGCCCAACGCUGCCAGCGAAACCCUGUCACAUCAUCAUUUCCAAAAGAUACCAACUCACACUGACUGUCAAGGCUGGGGAGAGAGCCGUCUUUGACUUCAGCUGCCAGUACCCAGAGAGGCACUUUGUCAUGGAGAUUCACAAGAAUGUUGACUGCAUGUCAGGCCCGUGUCCUUUUGGGGAGGUUCCGCUCCAGCCCUCAACAUCCUCAUUGCCUACCCUCAACAGAACCUUCAUCUGGGACGUCAAGGCUCCUAAGAACAUGGGCCUGGAGCUGCGGUUCUCCACCUCCCACCUGCGGCAGAUCGGGCCGGGCGAGAGCUGCCCUGACGGGGUCACGUACUCCAUCGGCGGCCGCAUCGAUGCCACCGAGGUCCGGAUCGGAACCUUCUGCAACAACGGCACCGUGUCCCGGGUCAAGGUGCAGGAGGGAGUGAAAAUGGCCUUACACCUGCCGUGGUUCGACAAGAGAAAGGCGUCUGGCUUGAGCAUUGCAAACCUGACUUCCAUAAAGCGACUGUGCAUCGUGGAGUCUGUGUUUGAGGGCGAGGGCUCGGCCACCCUCAUGUCUGCCAACUACCCGGAAGGCUUCCCCGAGGAUGAGCUCAUGACCUGGCAGUUUGUGGUCCCCGCGCACCUGCGGGCCAGCGUCUCCUUCCUCACAGUCAACGUCUCCAACUGCGUGAGGAAGGAGGAACGGGUGGAAUACUACAUCCCAGGCUCCACCACCAACCCGGAGGUGUUUAGGCUGGAGGACCCCCAGCCUGGGAACAUGGCUGGCAACUUCAACCUCUCCCUGCAGGGCUGUGACCAAGACACCCAAAACCCGGGCAUCCUCCGGCUACAGUUCCAAGUCUUGGUCCAGCACCCACAAAACGAAAGUGCGACGACUUACCUGGUUGACCUGAGCAACGAGCAAGCCAUGUCGCUCACCAUCGCCCUGCGGCCGGACAAGAAGGGCCGCCGGUUUGUCCCCGGCUGCUUCGUGUGCCUGGUGUCCCCGCGGACCUGCAGCACCAACCUGACCCUGACUUCCGGCUCCAAGCACAAGAUCUCCUUCCUCUGUGAUGACCUGACCCGCCUGUGGAUGACGGCGGAGAAAACCAUAAGCUGCACGGACCAUCGGUACUGCUACAGGAAGUCCUACCCUCUCCAGGUGCCCGAGCACAUCCUCCAGCUGCCCGUGGACCUGCACGACUUCUCCUGGAAGCUGCUGGUCCCCAAGGACAAGCUCAGCAUGGCGCUGGUGCCUGCCCACAAGCUGCAGCAGUCCACCAACGAGAAGUUCUGCAACACCAGCUUCAGCUACCUGGUGGCCAGCGCUGUCCCUGACCAGGACCUCUACUUCGGAGCCUUCUGCCCUGGGGGCUCCAUCGAGCAGAUCCAGGUGAAGCAGAACACCUCUGUGACCAUUCGCACCUUCAAGCCCAGCUUCCGCCAGGAGGUGUCCAGGCAGGGCCUGACGGUGUUCUUCAUACCUUAUUUCCGAGAGGAUGGCAUCUUCACCGUGAGCCCGGACACAAAAAGCAAGGUGUACUUGAGGACCCCUACCUGGAACUGGGGUCUGCCGCCCCUCACCUCCGUGUCCUGGAACAUCAGCGUGCCAAAGAACCAGGUGGCCUGCCUGACCUUCCUGAAGGAGCGGACGGGCGUGGUCUGCCAGACGGGGCGGGCGUUCAUGAUCAUCCAGGAGCAGCGGGCCCACGCCGAGGAGAUCUUCAACCUGGAAGACGAGGUGCUCCCCAAGCCGAGCUUCCGCCAUCACAGCUUCUGGGUCAACAUCUCUAACUGCAGCCCUGUGAGCGGCAAGCAGUUUGAACUGCAAUUCUGGGUGACGCUCACACCAAGGAAGACAGAUCUGACUGUGGUCCUCAUCGCGGCGGUGGGAGGCGGAGCCCUACUGCUGUCUGCCAUCGGACUCAUCAUUUGCUGCAUGAGAAAGAAGAAAAAGGAGGUGGACAAGGGCCCGGUGGUAGGUAUCUAUAAUGGCAACAUCAAUACCCAGAUGCCGAAACAGCAGAAAAAGUUCCAGAAGGGACGAAAGGACAACGACUCCCACGUGUAUGCCGUCAUUGAUGACACCAUGGUGUACGGCCAUCUGCUACAGGAACCCAACGGGUCCCUCCUCCAGCCCGAGGUGGACACUUACCGGCCCUUCCAGGGCCCCAUGGGGUCCCCUCCUUCCCCACCCCCAACAUGCUCCAGGGCCCCGACUGCAAAGUUGGCCGAGGAGAAGCCCCCCACUGACCCCUCUCCUGAGGCUGUGAGUGAACCAUACACCUUCUCCUACCCCAACAAUGGAGAGGUGGGCUGUGGGAACACAGACAUUCCCUUGCUGGACAUCCAGGGGCCAGCAGAUCCGGGGGAAUAACUUGGACCAGCCUCAAACCCUUCGCUGAGAUGCAUAGAGCGGGACAUUGGGACACUCUUGAGUGAUCCUCGCCAGAAAGCCCAAAGAAGAAGAACCCUAGAGAAGGGAAAGAGGAGGUUGUUUUGGGCACCACCAACUUCCGAUUUCCAGGGGAACGCAUCCAGGCUGAUGAUGAGACGUUGUCCCUGUUCGUGCCCUGCUCAACUUGAGUGGCAAAAUUGCCCAUAAAGAGAGGAGAUCGGUGGCACGAGUCACCUAGCUCAGGGCUGCAAGGGGCCCCCAGAUUUGGAAUGAUACACAGCAGCUUGUCCCCUUCAAUACGACCAUCCCAAUUCCUGGCAGCUCACCCCUGGUCCCUACGGUCGUUGGGAUCCCCUGGAUGAAAUGGACAAUGUGCUUUUUAUUAUUAUUAUUUAUUCCGUGGUCCUGUGUAUUUAAGAGGUCAAAUGUGAAGCCAUGCAGCUUUUGUCACCUGGCUCAGUGACAACGCAGGCUGACCCAUUUGGACAGCAAGGAUCUUUUGGAGUUCUGCUGACCACUCGAUAAAAGAUGGGCUUCUCCUUGGGAGCAGGGAUGGCUUGCGGUCGGAGCAGCCCGUAGAGGGUGGGCGGGUCUAGGCGGCACCCCCCACGGCUCCGCUUUGAUCAAAGGCAUCCUGGUCUCCCCCUGUACCCGGUGGUUAUCUCCCUUCCCAAACCCACCGGAGUCCCAGCGUUCUGUCUUCCUAGAAACAAGAGACAUUCGCUUGAGUUGUCACAUAUGGCUUUCUCAGCUGUAGGCCUUUCAGCCAAAAUUUAGAGAAUAUCUUCAUCUUCUGAAAAUGUUUAGAAAUGCUGCAGAGUGGCUAUCUGUAGCCGCGGCUGACGCCGCCAUAGCAAAUUGCCACCAACUUCAUGGCUUAAGCUACUUGGGCGUACAGGUCUGCAGGUCAGAAGUCUGGGAUCGGUUCCAUGGGUUUCUUCUAGCCACACGGUGUUUUCCAGCUUCUCGAAGCUGACGGCAUCCUUGGACUGCGGCCCCUUCCACCUUCUGGUCUAGUUUUUCCUGAGCUGCAUCCUGGUGAGCCAGACUCUCCUGCCUCCUGCUCACUUCUCGGGCCCACCCAUCUCGCGACCCUGACUGAAUCCCAUCUGUGAAGUCCUCUGUGCCAACGGAAGGUGACCCCUCUGCUGCUUCCAGGGCUUAGGACACAGACACCUCGGGAGGAGCCGAUGUUCCACCUUCCUGCUUCCUUAGCUGCGGUGGAGUUGCUCCUGACUCAUGGCAACACGCCAAGCCACUUCUCUGCCCUGCACCGUCCUCGCGUCCUGUGCUUGUGAGCUCGUGGUCAGAGUCCCCCAUGGAGGGUCUUCCUCAACGACUCUGAGCGCCCCCUUGACCAAGCAUGAGGUUCCCUCCCUGGGGACCAGUUCCUCCUGACGACGUGUGCAAAGUACAUGACACACAGCCUCUGCCUGUCCCCCUUUCCUACACAGAUGUGUGCCUUCUGGCAGAAUCCCAUGAGGAUCCCAUAGACUUCACCAGCUCCUUAACGCAAACAGAUCCCGCUCCGAGGAGAGGCUGCGCGUUGGCCUGGCCCUCUAGUGCGUCUGUUGGGUAUGCUUGAAGAAGUAAUUGCUGACAUUUGAAAGUAUACUUUUUUAACAUAAAAACCCACAUCAGAGAAUCUGGCCAUGUAGGGGUCUCACUCCAUCCUGGCAGCAGUUGGCAGCAGCUGCAACUGCCACCUUAUAGAUGGAGCUCAGGAUUCCCCAGGCCACUCCAGUGCCCUCUGCUCCCUGUCACCUCCCACCCUGAGCUGGAGCGCCUUGCAGGGUGGUUUUUGGUUGAAAGACCAUGGAAAGUGCAGGACCCAUAUCCCUUAUUAAAUCAGAAGGUCGGCCGGGAGGCUGGCUGUGCUUCAAGGAUCGAUUUCCAUUCAGCCUGCAUACCCUCCCUCGAGCCGAUGACCAGCCCGGCCCCUGCUCUCGCCUGCUAGUCUACCGUGGCAUCUCCAGCUGAGGUCUGACCAUCUAUUUGUAAGGUUGCUUUAACCGGGUCGCCACACCCUCGGUUCUUUCUAAGCUAGGCCCCUCUUGCACUUCCAGCCAGCAUGGCUUCAGAGUAGGCCUGGGUCUCUGGAGUGGGGGGAUCUUGGAUGGACAAAAAGAAGGAACCUGGUCAGGAUCUCUUGCUGGAGAGGAGAGGAAAUGCAUUCCGAAGGUCCAGUCCGAAGUUCACGGUUUCGUUGGCGAAACGGUCUUUAAGAACAAGCGUGCCUCACUGUGCCCCCCAGGGAAGACCUAGGAGACAUGCUGCCACCUUGGAGACAUGCUGCCUCGAUUGUUGGAGGGCGACUCUGUUUCUGGGGGAAGGGGUUCUGAAGCAUUGCUGAGCUGCGGGCACUCCGAGUCCUCUUGAACCCUCCCCAGAGUUUGUCUGGUUGGUUUACAAUUGACCCUCGAGGGCACUGAGGGUUUUAUAAUGCCCUCGGUGCUGCCAGGGCCAUGUUGUCCUUCCUGGAAGGCUGGCUUCCUGCCCAGCUACCCUGGGCUUCUUGACCCGAGGUGCUGCUGAGCCCCAGCCAGGAAGGGUUGCCUUCCCUCAGCUGGUUUAGAAUCACUCCUUAGGGCUCCAGUCCCCUAUUCUCGUCUUCCCCAAUAUCCUGACCUCUCCCAAGGUCUCUGGCAGCUUGCAUUCAGCCCAGAAGUGCGGUAGGGCUUCUUGAGGCCAGCCGCCAUGGGAUACACCCUGUCCUUUGCAAGGAAGAACCCUACGUGGUCAUUUUAACUGGUUCCAAACGCCAGGCCAAGUUGCUGUCUCUCCCCAAGCCUCCUCCUUGUGGACCGUAUUCCUAGGCUGUGCCUCAGUGAGGGGGCCCAGUGGGGUGCAGCCCUGGCUCUUUUCUUCCAAGCUGUGUUUGCUAUCAGCCAGCCCCUCCCCUGCCCCCUUCUCCAGGCACAAACACUUCCUAGUCUUGCAGCAUCCCCAGAAUCCGCUGCAGUCAGGCUGUUGUGGUCCUUCGGUUUUCCAAAGUGCAUCGCCAGGCCUCUCCUCCUCCUGUGAAGCGGGAAGCUCUGACGAGACCUGUCCGACCCUCAGACUGACACACAGGCCUCCCUGGCAGAUGGGUGGUGACUGUGCGUGAGGGGCAUUGGCAAGGAAUCGAACCCAUGUCUCAGGCACGGGAGGUGAGAAUUCCACCACCGAGCCACCAAGGGCCCCCUCUUUGCCGUCUAAGCUCCACUUAGGCAAAGUACGCCUGGGCCACUGGGAACCAUUAUGGAAGGCAGUAGUACACAGUGAGGGGGGCACAGUGUCUGCUGGGGCCCAGCAGUGCCCCCUCCCAUCUGCUGUCACUGUAAGGAAGCCCAGCACCUGCAGGACGGAGCGACCGCUUUGCACAGACAGGGAAGGUCUCCAUCAGAGGCCCUGGGAUCUGGAAAGACCAUUGGACAGGACCUUGGCAAAGGGUUGAGGGCCAGUGGGUGUGGAUCUGCAGUGCUUAAGGGGAAGUAAUUUAUUUGUUGUCGAUAGAGUUUUUAGUUGGCAUUUUAUUUCUUACUUCUUUUUUAAUAAAUAAA